AUCGCCAAGGGCUGCUGUUCUGCAGGCCCUCUCACUCCGAUACAGCUUAUUCCUCGCGCGUCGCCUCGAGCUUUUCACUGAGUCUACGUUACGACCAGCGACCUUAAGCACGCGACAGAAUCACGUAUUUCUUAGCACAGCAAUUGGACACCUCCUCGCUGUCUCGGAAUACUGUUACUAGAGAGGUCACGUCUUUCACGGUGAAACCGGAAAUUCGUCCGAAAGUUGCUCUUCAACGAACCAUUCAUUCUUCUCGCAUCGCCUAGAUUCCGAUCGUUCGCCGAAAUGGAGCGGUCAUUCCUAGCGCUCUCGCCGCAGCCGGGCGUUCUUCCGUCAGAGUCGCGCGCGGCAACAUUCGACGCAACGAUUAAGCCGGCUCAAAGACCAAGAGCCUCCCGUGCCGCAGCCUCUCGCAACUCGCCGUUUAUCCCUAGAACCACUCAUAGAAACAGCAAUUCGUGGCCGACUAAGAGAUUAGCAGCCCGGAGGUUUUUGUCAGUCAGAGCAGUAAACAAGCGAGAUUCCGCCAACGGAUCCAUCGGACCUUCUAGCCCGGCCCCUUUACCAGAAUCGCCGUCGCGAACCUCUCCCUCUUCUGCGUCCCUGGCGACAGCAGCUGCCAGCGAUCCAGCCAGCUCCAACCGCAGCAGUAAUACUAGUAGUACCGACGAUCCCGUUUCGAAUUCCCCUCAAGAGGAGACGAAACGGCGUGUUCAAUCGGACGUUGGAGAGAUUCGGGCGUCCGCAGCGGCAGAAGACGCGAAUGAGAAUGACGAGAACGAUGCGAAGGUGCGGCGACAGGUGGAUGAGUUAAUAAGGAUAUAUGCUACAGUGCAGCAGGUUCGAAGGGAAUACGUGGCGCCGGAUAUAUUCGAUUACCUUGGCGAAUUGCGUGCUUUUAUCGAAUCUGAUGCAGCGACAGGAGACAGGGGGGCUCUACGGGGGAAGGGACAGGUGGCGGACGGUAACGGAUUACAGUUACCGUUACCGUUUCCGUUCCAGUUACCACUACCGUUACCGUUUCCGUUCCAGUUACCACUACCGUUACCAUCACCAGAAUCGAUGAAGCUAAUAGAGGAGCUCAUCCCUAUCCCAGAUGUAUUGAGGCCUCUUCUCCCUGACCUCGGGAGCAGCAGACAAGACAACAUCAGCAGAAACAGCAGCCGGACCAGCAGCAGCAGCAGAGAAAGCAGAUCCACCAGCAGCAGUAGCCAGCAACCCAGCGAAAAUACAGCAGCAGCAGCAGCAGCAGCAGCAGCAGCAGUCCCGCGGUUCUUCUGCCCGCUAGACGCCAGGCCACCAGCAGCACAGCAGCAGCAGCAAAAGGAGGAACCCCUUCCGCGGCUGCUGUUUCUUCCUGGGGUGGACGGGGUUGGCUACGGCCUCAAGCUGCAUCACAAAUCGCUGGGGCGGUUGUUUGAAGUCACAUGCUUGCACAUACCGCUCUCUGACCGGACAGACUUCCAAGGCCUGUUAUCCCUGGUGGAAUCUGAGGUGCUUCAACAGCACGUGCAGUCGCCCAACCGACCGCUCUUUCUUGUUGGGGAGUCGUUCGGUGCGCUUCUUGCUGCAGCAGUGGCUGCAAGGAACCCAUCUGUGCCUAUCAGCCUUGUUCUGAUCAACUCGGCCACCAGCUUUCCCCGCUCCUCCCUUCAGCCCCUCAUACCCCUGCUAAAGAGCGUCCCUGCAGACGCCUACUCUGCUCUCCCGUUCCUAUUCAGCCUGUCCAUAGUGAAACCUCUACGCAUAGCAUCUGGUGGUUUGCCUCUUGAUGCCUCUCCCUUGGAUCGCUUGGAGAAGCUAAGGGACAAUCUGCUUAAUCUGCUGCCCUUUCUGCCUCUCCUUGCAGAAAUGCUCCCUCAAGCCACUUUGGAGUGGAAGCUUCAUCUUCUGGAAACCGGAUCUGCCUUUACAGAGCGUCUGCUCCCUCGUGUUCGUGCACCAACACUCAUUAUUGCUGGGAGCGACGAUCAGCUGCUUCCUAGCCAGCAAGAGGCGACCCGACUGCAGGAGAUUCUGACCCGGGCCAGAGUGAGGACGGCUGUGCGAGUGUUUGAAGGCUCGGGCCAUGCCCUACUGCUGGAGUCAAGCUUGGACCUCGCAUCAACCAUCAAGGGCGCUCACAUGUACAUCCAGAGGCGGGGCGAUGACCCCGUGGUUUCAGGCUUCCAGGCGCCCACAGUGGAGGAACUAGCUCGGGCCAAAUCAGGGCUGGACGGGUUCCUCCGCCGCUUUUGCAGCCCGGUGUUUCUGUCGACCAUCGUGGAAGAGACAGGGGAGGGGAGAGUAGCGGAUGCACUAUCGACUAACGGCACUGUGGCUGCUGGACGUGCAAGCGCUAGUGGUGCUAGUGAAGCAUCUAGUAACGGGAAUGCACUUGCUGCUGGUAGCGGGAAUGCACUUGCUGGUAACGGGAAUGCACCUGCCGGUAACGGGGCUGCUGUUGCGCAGAACGCGAGUGCGAGCCCAAGAAACAGCAGCAGCACGAGCCAAAAGAAUCACCACCAAAAGCAGCAGCAGCAGCAGCAGCAGCAGCAGCAGCAGCAGCAGCAGCAGCAGCGGCAGCGACGGCGGCAGCAGGUGGUGGUGGGGCUGGAGGGCGUGCCGGCCUGCGAGCGCCCGCUGCUGUUCGUAGGCAACCACCAGACCCUGGCGCCUGAGAUGAGCGUGCUGGUAUCAGAGCUCAUGGCGCACGGCGUGGUGGUCAGAGGGCUGGCACACCCCUUGGCAAUAGAAAUGUUCCAUGACAUCAGCAUGCUGGUGGAGCAGGGCGAGCAGUACAAGCUGUUUGGAGCGGUCCCCGUGACUCCCACCAACACCUACAAAGUACUCGCCAACAAGGAAGCUGCGCUGCUGUUUCCUGGAGGCGUGCGGGAGGCCCUCAAGAAGCGGGGGGAGGACUACCAGCUGUUCUGGCCAGAGAGGGCUGAGUUUGUGCGCAUGGCGGCGAAGCACGAGGCGACCAUUGUUCCCUUUGCAUGCAUCGGCGUGGAUGACGGGUUUGAUAUUGUCGUAGACGCUGACGAAAUGCCCAGCGUGCCAAUCAUCGGUCCCAUGGCAGUGGAGGGCGUGCAGGCAUGGCCCCGAGUCAGGGAUGCAGCAGCCGCCGGGGCUGCAGCAGAGCAGUUCAUCCCUCCAGUUGUCAUCCCCAAGGGGCUAAACCGCCUCUACUUCAUCUUCCAAGCACCCAUCAGAACAAAGGGCAUGUCGCACCUGCUGACGGACAAGGCAGCAGCAGCAGAGCUGUAUGCGCAUGUUAAGGGGGAGGUGGAAGGUGGGCUGCAGUACCUGCUGAAGAAAAGAGAGGAGGACCCUUAUAAUGAUCCGGUGUCGCGGUUGGUGUAUGAGGCUACCUGGGGAGGGGAGAGGCAGGCCCCCACAUUCAAACCCUAGGUAACCCGGUAUGUGAAGGGGAAGGUUGAAGGUGGGCUGCAUAACCUGCUGAAGAAAAGAGAGGAGGACCCUUAUAAUGAUCUGGUGUCACGAUUGGUGUGUGAGGCCACAUGGGGAGGGGAGAGGCAGGCCCCCACAUUCAAACCCUAGGCAUCCCAUUAUGUGUAUGGGGAGGAGAGAACCCUUACCGGGAUGUGGUGAUGCGGUUGGUUUGUGAGGCAGUGUGGCACCCUAAGCCCUUGCAAGGUGGUAACCCCUGCUCUUCAUGGAUGUGUCUGUGGUUGGUGCACUAUUAAUCGGCCAUGCCACAAAGACGAAGCCGGCAUACAUGUAUUGUGUACACCUCCACGUCAGAUGCCACAAAGGGUGAACUUUGUCGUAUGGCUGGGAAGGAGCAACACAAUGCCCUUUGUAUAUGAAAAGGCCAUAUAUUCUUGGCAUUCUUCGCACCCAACUAUGUACUAUGACUUCCCUUCCAUUUGAGA